GAAGUGUUCAUGAUGGCUUGUUGUUGCAGGAGAAGCUUAAUGUCAACAGUAUGGGGCAUCAGGUGAUAAUAUUUGACUUUUCUCUCAUAAGAGGACUGUGGGAAACUCGAGUUAAGAAGAACAAAGAACGUCAGAGAAAAGAGAAGGAAAGAUUAGAAAAAAGCUCAUUGGAGAAGAUAAAGCAGGAAUGGAAUUUCAUAUUAGAGUGCCGGAAGAAAGGUAUUCCUCAGUCAAAAUACCUCAAGAAUGGCUUUGUAGACACUGAUAAGAAGAUUCUGGACACAUAUGGAAAGACACCUCACCUGCAGAAGAAGCGUGUUUUGCCAGAUGAAGCAAAUAAGGAAAGAAACAAGUUUAUUUUUCACCUUUCUGGAGAACAGUGGACGGAAUUUCCAGAUUCUCUGAAAGAGCAGAUCUACCUGAAAGAGUGGCAUGUGUACAAUACGUUGAUACAAACCAUUCCAGCCUACAUUGCAUUAUUUCAAGAUCUGAGAGUACUGGAGUUGUCAAAAAAUCGAAUCAACCAUCUCCCAGUGGAAAUUGGCUGCUUAAAAAGUCUCAGAGUGCUCAAUGUGAGUUUCAAUAAUUUGAAGUCAGUUCCUCCAGAACUGGGUGACUGUGAGAAUCUAGAAAAACUGGAUUUGUCUGGAAAUAUGGAAAUAACAGAGCUCCCAUUUGAACUAAGUAACCUGAAACAAGUCACAGUUGUGGACGUGUCAGCAAACAAGUUCCAUUCUAUUCCAAUUUGUGUACUUCGUAUGUCUAAUUUGCAGUGGUUGGAUAUUAGCAGCAACAACCUGAAAGACCUCCCAGAAGACAUAGACAGGUUAGAUCAACUUCAGACACUUCUCCUGCAGAAGAACAAGUUGACUUAUCUUCCACGAGCUCUUGUCAAUAUGCCAAAGCUCAGUUUGCUAGUUGUCAGUGGUGAUGACCUGGUUGAGAUACCCACCGCUGUCUGUGAGUCAACCACAGGUUUAAAAUUUGUAAGUCUCAAGGACAGCCCAGUUGAAACUAUUGUAUGUGAAGACACUGAAGAAAUUGUAGAAAGUGAACGUGAACGGGAGCAAUUCGAGAAAGAGUUUAUGAAAGCAUACAUUGAAGACCUAAAAGAAAGGGAUUCUGCUCCUUCCUACACUACAAAAGUAUUAUUCAGUCUUCAGCUCUGAAGAACAGAAAUCUCUAAAUCACAAGUGAACAUCAGAAUAUUACUAUCCAUCGUAAUAGAAAACACUGGAAAUCACAGAUGGCCAGAAGCACUUCAAAAUCACCAUGAUUUUUUUUUAUUUCUUACUAUAGUUGCUCCCAGUAACUGCGGAUAAAACAAAGAGCAGUAGAGCCUUCAUAAGAUGCUGUUUCACCUUUUAAAUCAACAAAUUUAUUUUCUAGUCCACAGCAGCAGCCACUAAUUUACAUAUAGACCUGAUGAAAGUAAAUAUUCACUGUAAUAAAAUAUACACAGGCAUCGAUACCCUCAGGUUGAAUACACUAUAUGCUGUAGUUAAAGCAGUGGAACAUGAAUCACCAUCUUAAAAAGAGAUUUUCUUUUAUAAGAGGUGAAGGAUUAAUUUAGAAAAUGAAUGUGAGCUGUUUUUUUCUUAAGUCCAAAUAACUCACUUAGUGCUUUACAAUAUUUAAAGUGCAAACGCAUAUAUAGUUGUUUGCAUUUACUUUCUGUUCUUCAAGGAAAUUGUCCUUCCUGGGAUUUUCAGUUUAGAUAAAAUUCAACAACUUUAUAAAUAGAAA